UCUGUGGAUGCUUGUGUACUUUUAGAUUGCACUGAAGCUCCUACAUAUAUUAGUUCGCCGGAUAGCGUUUCACGUCCUGAGUUUAAAGAAUCUAUUGAUGAAACUAAACCGACAGGGAAGGAUGGAUCAGUUGUUGAAGAUUCUGGGUGCAAAGCAGGAGAGAAGCAAGGUUUUGACAGUAAUGAGACAACUACAGCUAGAGUACUGGAACAGGCUCUUGAAGAAGAGCAUGCUGCUCGUGCUGCUCUCUAUCUUGAACUGGAGAAGGAGAGAAGUGCUGCUGCAACUGCUGCAGAUGAGGCCAUGGCCAUGAUAUUGCGCCUGCAAGAGGAGAAGGCAUCAAUAGAAAUGGAGGCAAGGCAAUAUCAAAGGAUGAUAGAGGAAAAAUCUGCUUAUGAUGCUGAAGAAAUGAACAUUCUCAAAGAGAUCUUAGUUAGGAGGGAGAGGGAAAAGCAUUUCUUGGUGAAGGAAGUUGAAGAAUUCAGACAAAUGUUUUUUGGAGAAGAUCAAGUGGAUUUUGACAUGCAUGAUGUGGCUACUACACAAGCACGAAAGCCUGCACUGCAUUCAAGUGAGGAUCAGGUACCCAUGCUGCAGUGGACGAGUGAAUCCAUCGCUGAGGAGCCAAAGCUGGAAAUGAAACGCAGUUCUCCAGAUUAUGAGGUCCCAUCAACUGAGAUAAAAAAUCUUACUCUUACUCUUGGAAACGAACUACCAAUUCCGGACUUGGAGGGAGAUGUUGACUCUUUGAAGCAGGUUGACAUGCAUUUGCAUCCAAGCAUUGACAGCCAUCCACGUUUCUUAGAUAGUACUGAUGAUAUCAGUCACGAGUUUCAAGAAAAAGAAGUGGUGUCUAUGGAUGAGAAACCAGUUUCUCAAGGAAAAUAUGUCCAGAGACUAGAGGUA